GUGUAAAGCAUUGCUAGUGUGCGUGUGUGUGACGGUGCUUGUGGUAAAGGUGGCUAUUGCAUGCAAUUGGCACUCUGGCUGUGUAGCGACUAACGACGGAGGUUGAACAACGUACUUCAUUCUCGUCAUGAAAAGGGGGUAUUUUGGUCGGAAUUUUUCUUCCUGAGCCGACUAGUGGGAGACAAGAAUUACACUACGGUUUGGUGCCAAGUUGUCUGUUCUCACUCAAGGCAUGAAUAUUCAAACGAAUAUAAUCUACAUGCCCACUUUAGAAGGUUUUUAAGUUGACUCAGUAAAACAUUUUGGAAGAGUCGUCUGCGUUUUUUAGUAAGGGCACAUUAUUUUUCACUUUGGUUGACAUGGUAGAGUAACCACAAUCAAGACAGUACACUGUAAAUAAAGCCUUAUCUACAGAAUUUAAAGGGACGUUCAUGUACAGGAACCAUUCACCUCGCCUCGGACGUCAAACUGCAGCGUGUUUAUCUUUGCCUGCCACACUUUGGGUUGCUUUGUUACCGGACAUGUUGAGGUUCCUGACGCAAAAGCUUCGAGCACAGUCACUAAAUGAAGUGCAACCAUAUGAACCAAAGACUGAGGCACAGGACUCGGAUUACAACACAGACUCGGAAGAAGAAAACCAAGAGGUGGAACAGUUUUUAGAAGAAAGAAAAAUGUGCAAUGGAUCCUCCAAUCCGAUUUCUAGUCCGGCCCUAAUAACACCUCACCCUGUGAGACUAAGACCACUGGAGGAUAUAGUAAAUUCCACAGAGAAUAUUUUAACGUCAGACCGAGACAGACACAGCUCGGAAGAGGAACUCACAGGGUUAGACAAACAACCAACCCCAGAGAAACGAAAGUGGUCACAAAUAAGUCGAGGUGGAAAUGGGGACGUUUCAGGCUCAAGUGAUGAGGAAGUUAAAGAACUCUGUGCCAAACCGAUACCGUUGAGAUUUAGUGCGUCACCGCCAAGGCACUUACAAAGACUAACGCGAAAGCAUUCGGAAGGAAACGCCACCUUUUUCGUGGCAAAUGUUGGCCCAGCCGGAGACUUUGCAUCGCCACGGAAGCGACACAGGCAUGCGUAUCACCUGGAUGACAGUCAUGUGCAGAAUGGUCGGUGUUUAGAUUUUGAGAAAAUGCAGCAGAAGCAGUGUUUUAAGAGGUUCCUUAGUCAUGGGCAUGGUGUCCGAGCAGCCAGAAUGGUACGAAUUAAGCUGUCCAUGGGUGAGGCACAAAACAUAUAAAGGAAUGUCGUGAAGUGGAUUAACAACAGAGAGACAAG